UGCUUUUUAUCUUCCCCAAUAUCCCCAUCCCCCUUCACCCCUAUCCUGUCUCUUCCUGGACCACGGCCUUUCCCUAGAAACUGUACCUGCCGUAAAAAACAUCCCUCCCUAGUCACCCCUCACCCCCUAAAUCUCUGAUGGAUCAGAGGACUCAAGGGGGGCCUGCUACUCCACCCGCCCUCCCCAUCACUGCUCCCCCAGGGGAGCGAGAGAAGGAAGGAGGGGGUGGGAAGAAAGACGACGAGGAGGAGAGAGAGGGGUCGCAGAAAGACUCCUCUUCUGCUGCAGGUGGAGGAGAGGGCUCCAGUGACCAGCAGCAGUCCCCCCAGUUCUCUGUCAAAGAGACUAGCCUCCAUGAGGGCAACGUCAAACUCAAGAUUGGCCUGCAGGCCAAACGCAUGAAGAAGCCGCCCAAGAUCCUGGAGAACUACGUGUGUCGGCCGGCCUUCAGGGCCACCGUGAGACCCAGCGGGCGCGGAGGUGGCCGGGGGAGCCGCGGAGGAGUAGGGGCAGGCGACGGGGGCAACCAGACCCAGAGCCCAACACACGGCAGGGAGAGAGAGCAGUGUCCUGGCAUGAAACGACCCACCCCACCGUCUUCAUCUCUCUCUGCUGUUGCUGCCCACACUCCUCCUCCACCUGUUCCUUCUCCUUCCACCAAAUCACCCAGUCCAGUGAAUGGGAGUGCUUCAGCUAAACGGGUAAGCAAGGCAAGCACGAAUUAGGCUAGGACUUUGAUUGAAAAACCAUAUCCAUGACAAACAAGGUAUCCCAACUAAAGAGGCUGUUAUGAAUUGCACAAGACCUGUCUGGCUUUUGACUGUGCCAAAAAGAGGCAAAGCAAUACUGUCAGCCAGUUCACACAUGAUAGCAUUUCCUAUUCUCUUCCAACACUGUUUCACUGGUUUGAAUUCACAAAUUAUAUUUGUUACUUGUAAAGCUAAUUUUGCUUUAUAUUUUGAACAAUCAUCUGUUUAUUUGUCUGUAUUCUGUGUCCCACUCUUGCUUGUCUCCCCUUCCAAUCAUUCCCUGCUUCUCUACUCCUUCCUCUCUCUCCUCUGCUCUGUCCCAGUCUGACCCUAAUAAGUGUUAUUGAGUCUAGAGGAUCUUUCCUUCUAGGCAGAACUGGGAAGCAGUAGUGGACAGAAAAUCCCAUCAAUGAACUGCAAUUUACAUAGGAAUAAACGAAACCUGAUUGGAUUCCAUGUAGACCGUCUUGGUUGCCUUAUUGACGGGGUUGUGCUUUAAGCCUGCUUUAUGUGGUUGUCAAAUGCUUCUUUCAGAGCUUCAUUUUUUUCUAAUAGGUUUUCUACUCUAGAUAAUUACCAGAAGGCAUUGCCUGGGUUUGGAUACAUAUCAGAAGAUUACAAAUGCCAAAAUAGUUAUAAAAGAAAAUAUACUUUUUGUGUAACACAACCAUACCUUUAUGGGAGCUACCUUCUGUGAAAUGGGUAGGCCUUAUCAUUCUGCAAUCAAUGAUUUUAAUAUUUGUAUCCUCUUUUCACAGGGUCCUUCAAAACUGGCCAGCAAGUCAGACAAGUCGGAGGCAAAGUCGGAUGGGAAAUCCGCCACCUCGACGGAGAGACCCCUGAAUCUUCACCGCCUUUCUGCAGACAGCAAAACGCACCAUGCCUCUGGGAAGAAGAUGCCCAUGCCCCAAACCAAGUCUCCGACCUCCUCGCCCUCCUCUCCUGCGCCCCCAUCACAGGAACCCAGCGUGGAAGGCGCUACCAAUCCUCCUGCGCACACCUACAGCAGUGAGGGUCUGGAGGAGAAGGACCAGGGUGUUCCUAGUUGGGGCGCUCCAACUGUCACUGAGAAACUAGCACAACUCAUCGCCACCUGCCCUCCUUCAAAGUCCACCAAGGUGAAACCCCCCAAAACAACUCCCUCUCCCACCACCCACACCACUUCUAACUUUAUGGCCCCCACCCCAAAGCAGCGAGACCGCGCUAUGGUCAACAGGGCAACCUAUUCUAGAGCGGUCCACCUAGCUCCACCCCCUCCUGUCUCGCGCCCUCCUGGCCGCCCCUAUGGCUCCCGGAACAAUAAAGACAGUGUUUCGGAGAAGUCACCCACCCCGCCUGGGAAAGAGGAGGCGGAUGGGGCCGGCAAGUCUGGCAGCAGUAACAACAGCAGUCGCAGCAGCAGCCCCGUGCUAACAUACGGCGGCGGCAACACCCGCCUGGCAACAACUUCAAAGGACAACAACGACAGCAACAGUAAAGGCGCGAAGCCACUACAGUCACGUCUCACUCACUGCCCACCGCCCCACUCCGCCGCCUCCUCUUCCUCCUCACCACCUUAUUUGUCAUCCUGCUCCUCAUCAGAGAAGAGGACGGGCAGCCUGUCAUGUCGCCAGGGCUCCCCAGCCUCUCAAGGACACCACUCCAAAGACCGAGACAGUCCCUCCCAGGCAGAGGAGAGGGAGAGCAGUGAGAGGGAGCGUGACCGGCACGGCACCAGAGACUUAUCCAAAUGCCCCCCUCCUUUAGCAUCCGGCAAGCAGGAGGCCAAGGACAAGGGGGCUAAUCAGUCACUCAGCGUGGAGAGAAGCAAGAGCUCGAGCCCCGGUAAACGCAGUCCCAACGGGGAAAGGGACGGUCGCACCAGCGGGAUCUCCAGUCCUCCGGAGUCUAUGAGACGGACUGCCUCGCCGCCAGAGCCCACCGGCGACUGUUUACCCCCUCCUCUCAGAGACGAGUCCCCUGGAGAUGAGUCACCGGGCUCGCCUCCAGAGCAGAACAACAAACCCCUGAAGAAGCGGCGAGGCAGAAAGCCCCGCUGGACCAGAGUAGUGAACCGGACACAGAGGGCGGGCCAGGGCAGCCCAGUUGACCAGCACGAAACCAUCGUGCCUUUAUCCUCAGGCCUUGAUACUCCCCCACCUAUACGCAGGCCUGUAGGACGGCCUCCUAACCCCAAUAAGGUCAAGCCUCCCGCAAUGUCUCAACUCUUUCCACAGCCAGCCAGGAAAAGGGGACGGCCCAAGUCUAAAAUGCCCAGGCUGGAUGCCCCCACUCGGGGACGUCCCCCUCACAAACUGGCCCCCUCCAAAGUAUUUUCUUUACACAAGUCGAAAGAGGAGCAGGACCCCCCUGUUCUCCACCCAGAGGUGGACCUGAAUCCUCCCAAACCAAUGCCCAGGAAGCGGGGGCGACCCAAACGCCUGCCCCCCACCUUGCCGCAGGAGGGUCAGCCCCCCACUCUGGCACCUGAAGCGGGGGAUGGGAAACAGUUCCGGACCAAGGGCAACGGGCAGCUCAUCAUGAAGACCAUCAUAGGCAAGAUCAAUAAGAUGAAGAGUGUCAAACGCAAACGGUUCCUUAGCCAGAUCCUAUUGGGACCAGGGUCUGGAUCAGAGCAGGAGCCCCCCAGAGGAACUGCCAGUGUGGUGGUGGGCCAGGUAGCAGCUGCAACCCAGUCUCUAUCCUCCUUGGCUGCUUCUUUCGGUGGCAAACUGGGACCCCAGAUCAACGUAAGCAAAAAGGGGACAAUAUACAUGGGGAAAAGGAGGGGGCGCAAACCUAAGGUGUCAACAAACCCCUCGUUGGCAGCUCCAACGCCACCCCCGGAGGGGCCUUUCCUGUCCCCAAACACCGCAUCGCCCCUCCACCACCAUCAGUCUCAGCAGCAGCACCAGCUCCCCUCUGCCGAGGUGUUCCCCUCCCCCUCGCUCUCCCAGUCCAGUGGAGGCCAGAGCCCCAACAGUGAUGCCUGCUUUGUGGAGCCGGGGGCAGUGCACUUCCUGACGCACCCGCACUUCCACCCCCACCACGGCCACCACUCGUUCCCCUUCCCUCCCCCGACGUUCUCAGCCCCCUCCCCUCGCACUCUGGGCACUCUGGGCUCCUCGGCUGCCGUGGCCUCCCAGAAGAAGUCGUGCCGUGGCUACCAUCACCACCACCACCAUUACAGGCAGCACUACCACUACCGUAAGCUAUCCCCUCCCAGGCCUCUCCACCCCACAUCCCCUGCACCUCUGAGUGAACUGAAGGAAGCCACCCCCUCACCCGUCAGUGAGUCUCACAGUGAGGAGACUGUACCCAGCGACAGUGGCAUAGGAACAGACAACAACAGCACUUCUGACCGGGGGGAGAAGGCCUGCGGUGCUGGGAUGCAACCUGGGAUGGCCAGUGGGCUGCUAAUGCCGGGAGUGAUGGGCUCAGCUGUGGGGGUUGGAGUUGGGCUGAACCCUCACGGUGGACUAAGACACUCGUCCUCAGUGCUGCUGGAACACCCCUCACCCUCUCCGUCACCGCUGGGGGUGAGGACCUCACCCGACCCCCGCAGGCCCCACCCGGCAGCCCCUCCCACCACACUAGUGGGCCACAAAGAGAAACACAAGCACAAAUGCAAGCGCCGGAGCCACGGCUGUCCAGGCUACGACAAGCUAAAGAGGCAGAAGCGCAAACGCAAGAAGAAGUACCUGCAGCUGCGCUCCCGGCGGCAGGACCCCGACUUCUUGGCCGAGCUGGAUGAGAUUGUGGUGAGGCUGAGUGAGAUCCGGAUAGCGCACCGCACCCCCGUGCUCAGACUGGGCAGUGGGCUGGGGAUGCCCCCGGGAGCUGCGGGGGCGAUCAGAGUACCAGGGCCGGGUGGCAGGGCCGCUGGGACCAUGGGAGGUGCUGGUGGCCCCCCUCCUCAUCACUACCUGCACAGAGACCUGCUCCCCACCAUCUUCAGGAUCAACUUCAGUGGCUACUACUCCCCCCACCCAUCGUACCCCUGUGACUCUCUGCACUACGUCCGCAAGCCAGACCUGAAGAAGAAACGCGGGCGCCCUCCCAAGCUGCGAGAGUCCAUGUCAGACGUACCCUUUGUUCACGGGCUGGGGUUCCCGCUAUCUAGCGGUGGGUUCUACCACCCGUCCUACAGUGUUCCCUACUCCUCUGGUCCCCUUGGUCUGGGCUACUAUAGAGGAUACCCCCCAGCCAGCGCCCUAUACCCCCAUCACCAGAACCCCCAUUCUGCCCCGUCCCACCUCUCCCAUCACUCCCCCUCCUUCCACCCGCCGCCUCCCCCCUCCUACGUGCACCACCACCACCCGUCACACCUCCUGCUCAACCCCUCCAAAUUUCACAAAAAGAAACACAAGCUGCUGAGGCAGGAGUUCCUGGGUGGGGGCCGGUCUCCCGUGCUCUACCCGGCUAUGUCAUCAGAGCUGUCGUUCGGCUGGCAUCACAAACACAAACACAGACACAAACACAGAGAGCGCUGCGCCGAGGAGGACGGGGAAGAGGGAGGAGGAGGGAGCCGAGUCGGAGUGGGAAUGACCGAGAGCCCGGGGUCGGGAAGAGGAGAACGCGGAGCCAGCGGCGCUGGAAUGGCCGAAUCUCUGCAGCGUUGCCGCUUCGGAAGAGACUCUACCCCUACUACCACCAUUGCCAACAAACAGGCCACGGCCAACUCCCCUUCCUCGUCCUCCUCUUCCUCAGCCGAGAGGUACAAGCGCAAGGAGACAUCCCUGUCCUGCCUGGGGCCCUCUCGUCUGGCCCAGGGCAGUGCCGGGCCCCGGGGCCACCACCCCGUAGAGUCCUGGUUCAGGAUGGGCAGCUCCGAGGCAGACUACGCUAAGCUCUCCCGGAACCCCGCGGGGGCCGACCAGGGCCCGUUCGCAGACGGCCAGGGAGAGGACCCAGUGGGCUGUUCAGACAGUGAGGAGGAGGAGCCCCUCACGCCCACAGGCGAGAUGGACCCCAACUCCCAGGACCCCCCGCACCACACCAACCUGUUCGCCACCGCCCUGACCCGCACCUCGCUGAGGGGUGGCGGUGGCAGGAAGGGAGGGCCGGUGGAGAGUGCUAACUUCUCCCGGAUGGAGCUGAUGCUGAGAAAGGACCACUCCACGUCAGCAGAGAGGAGAGAGAUGGGUGAGUCACUGUAACAGGGCUGUAACAGAGAGAGAUGUUAGCCUACAGGAUCAGUGUCUUGCUGAAAUCUAGCCUAGUACAGUACUAGUGUGUACAUUAUCAAUGUGAGGGAGUCCUCUGCAGUGUUUAGGCUAUUUGCAUGGAUGGAAAUUCAUUUUUUGAGAGCAUGCAAAAUCCCUGUGCUAUUUAUAGCUCCGAAUCUGAUUUCUGCACCAACAUUUCUUUGUACUACUUUGGACCCAAAUUGAAUCUGACAUUAUGAUGGUUAUUGAAUUGUGCACCAAGUUCACUUUCAAAAAUAGUUCUGCUGCUAGUGCCUCAAGAAUUCAGCGGUUUCUGUUUUGAUUGGAUAAUGUCGCUUAGCUUCAUUUCUUGGCAAUAAGUAGUGAAUUUGGCCUGGUAUGCAUAGCCAUUAGUGGCAGUAUUGAUUCCAGGGUUAUGUAUCCAUGCAGUGACCCCUUUACAAACCACCAUAUGGCAUAGUGAGCGCUGAACACUGGCCGUGUCCCAAAUGGCACCCUAUUCCCUUUACAGUGCACUUCUUCUGACCACUACAAUGGUGCCAUUUGGGACGCGACCAUUAUCUCUGCUGAAUCGCAGUGUUCAAUGACUCAAUAUACCCUUUAGAAAUCCCUUGGAGGGACACAAUGCCAUCCCUUGUACGUACAUCUACCCUCUACCGGCCCUGACAUUAGAUAGCCCUAACUAGUGAUUAAGGGCUUGGCAGCAAAAAACCCAUAAUUACUUAAACUGGCCCUACUUUGUGUGUGGUUGUCAUUGUAGCCUUGUAGGAUGUCCAGCGAGAUGUUCUAUCCAUAAGAAUAGUUGAGCUGGACUUUUGUUACAGGUUAUAUUUGGUAGGCUUCCUUUCCUUUCAAAGCUGUCAAACUGAAAGGCUGUGUUUGUCUUAGAUUCCUGUGUACACAGCUAAUAUAGCUGGACAGGUAAGUCAGAGUGCUUUGGGUAAUGAUUCUGCUUCAUCAAGCUGCCUUUGACUGAGAUAGAUGGGCUUUUGAGUGUGUGUGUGUACUGUGAAUGUGUGAGGAGGCCAGGCACGCUGGGUGGAAGGCUCCCGGUGAGGUAGGAAGGCAGCAUGGUGUAGUUUGAACCCAGCCAGGGUAAUCCAAGAUUAGAGCUCAGGACACCGGGUCGUCCAGCGGUCAGACUGCACCACCACCACCACCAUGGAGGUAGCCUAGUAGGCAGGGAGGCAAAGGGUGGAGGGUGGGAAGUACCUUGCACAGGAGUGUGAACCAGAGGAGAGAAACGAGGGAAGGAAGCAGCAGAGGGGAUGGGAGCGGUGGAGUGGCUAGGUGUUGAUUGGGCACUGACACAGUCCCCCUUUACUUAUAGUAGCACCGUUCACUAAUGUGAGUGGACUAAAUGCAAUACUUUAUGGCUUGAGAGGAUAAGCUGGAAAAAGUAUGACGUCAUUGUUCAUUACGUGACAUGGCAUGUGUUUGGUGAGGUGGGCCUAGCCUGUAUGUCUAUCUGUAAUCAACUGCAUUUGUGUGAGGAGGCCGAGGGAAUUGGCAGUGGAUGUCAAAUUGAUUUUCCUUUCAAUUUAAGACUUGAUAAUUAUAAGCAGCAUUAAAAGAAAGAGGCUACUCAUAGGCCUAACAGUGGAAGUAAGCUAGGGCUUGGAAUGGAUCAUAAAUCAAAGUUCAAUACAAGUGUCACGUUGCAGCUUAUCCCUGUGUUUAUCAUCUAAUUCCCCCCCCCCUCUUCUCUGUCCUUGUCUGUUUAUGUGAAGGGAAUACAUCAGGUGUCCAGACCCGAGGCGACCACUCUGCCCCUGAGGACCACCUCAUGCAGCACCAUCACCACCACCCUCUGUUCCACUCCCAUUCUUCCUCCUCUGCCUGCCUCUCCCUCUGCGGCCACGACUCGCCCUCCCAGGGCUGCUGCCUGGACAAUGAUGCCUCCCCGCCGCACCACUCCCACCGGGCCCAGCCCUCCAAACACAGCCUGCACCACGUCAACAAGAUCCUCCGCGCCAAGAAGCUCCAGAGACAGGCGAGAACAGGCAACAACGUGGUCAAGAAGAGGGGCCCCGGGCGCCCCAGGAAGCAUCCCCUACCCUCCCCGCCCCCAUCGCCAACCCCUCCGGCCGAAGUGACCCAGAACAGGCACCGGGACCGAGCAGGGUCAGGGGAAGGAGCGUGGAAAGAGGACACGGUGACAGACGCGAUUGAGUCAGUGGUCCAGGGCCAGCGCAGGAAAGGCCAGAAGAGGAAGCACUGGGAGAGAGAUGGGGACGAGGAGGAGGAGGAGGGAGGGGAGGGGGAGGAGGUGGGGGAGGGUGAGGAGGUGGAGGAACGUGCGCUGGACAGGGAGGUGAACCUGGGAGGCCUGGGGAUGAGGUCCAGAGCCGGGGGAGGAAGAGGCUGGCUCACCCAAGAGGAGCUGCACCGCUUUCGCAGGUAAAACCAUCACCACUACAGGCCAACGUUGUUGUAGCCUCAACAGUGAGUGUGGAGCACUGUGAUCAUGAUGCAGCUUACUUUUAUAGGCAGUGCUAAUCUUAGGUCUUAGCAGCUGUGUGUAUAUAUAGGAGAAUCUAUCAAGCCAGUCAUUACUUUAAAGUGAGUCUUGGUUCUAUUUCAGUGCUCUGGAGGGGAAACCAGAUGGCCCCUCCUCCCCGGAACGUCCGGGCACCGUCUCCAUGGAACAAGCUCCACCCAUGCCUAUAACCAGCCAACGGGAGAAGAGAGCAGCCAGGCCUCCAAAGAAAAAGUACCAAAAGGCGGGGCUCUACUCUGAUGUGUACAAGACUGCAGAGUGAGUCCCAUAAUUGUGACAGAUGUAAAAUCUGGAUAUACCUGUUUGCUUACCAAAGGUCAAACCAGUAAUAUUUAGGGCAUAUAUGGACAUCUCACUCGCUCUUAUUUUUUUUGUCUCUGUUUCUCUUUCAGUCCUCGUAGUCAGCUCCUGCAACUGAAGAAAGAGAAACUGGAGUACACACCUGGGGAACACGAGUACGGGCUUUUUCCUGCCCCCAUCCAUGUCGGUGAGUGUUCUUGCACGCAAACACACACACAUUUUGUCAUGACAUGUUACUGUGUCUUAAAAUCAACUCCCUCCUUCCCCUCUCACGCAUUCUCACAGUUAUUUUCUGUCUCCCCCCACCCUCUUUCAGGAAAGUACCUAAGACAGAAGCGCAUUGAUUUCCAGUUGCCUUAUGACAUCUUGUGGCUGUGGAAACAUGACCAGGUGAUCACUCAUGUUCACUGCUAAGUGUUGUUCCCUCAGAGUCAACAAAAUAUAAUAGGAAUUUGUUCAAUCUAUAUAAGAGUUUCUCUUUUUAUGGCGUAAGGCCUGCUAUAGACUAGCGUCCUGUCCAGCAGGUGUACUGGGCUAUGGGCAGUUCUGGCUCGGACAAGGCUACUUACUUAUGAUGUAAUAACCUCCAUUUCUUGAUCGUUGUAGCUCUAUGAGAAGCCUGACGUCCCCCUUUAUAAAAAGAUCAGAUCAAGUGAGUACACACUUUCUAAGGUCCAGUCGCCUCAAUAAUAAUGAAACCAAACACUAUUUAAUGCUGAGCAUUAAGGCAGCCAUGAUCUGGUCAAGCUAUUGUGUAUCUGACCUUGACUUGUGUUACCUGUGUCCACUGUAGAUGUCUAUGUGGAUGUGAAGCCUGUCUCGGGUUAUGAAGUCACCACCUGUAACUGCAGGCCUUCUGGGGAAGCCGUUGACAGAGGCUGCCUUGACGAAUGCCUCAACAGGUAUAAACACUGGCGUUGGAGACUAAAAUAGACCCGCACACUGGUAUAUUCUCCCAGAAGUGUUAUCUUUAUCUACAAGGAAAACGAUUUCAAACCUGCUUGAGUCUUCAAUUUACAUCAAUGUUCAGAAAUCUGCCUUGGAAUAGCAUGUCAAGAUGUGAAUGGAAUUCAAUAUGAUUAAAGUAUCUUGGUGUCUCCCACUGGGCUGCAAUAUAAGUAUUUUCUCCCACUCCCUCAGGAUGAGCUUUGCCGAGUGCUCCCCCGGCACCUGUCCCUUCGGGGAGCAGUGUGACAACCAGCACAUCCAGAGGCAUGAGUGGGUGCAGUGCCUGGAGCGCUUCCGUGCUGAGGGCAAGGGUUGGGGCAUCCGCACCAAGGAGCCCCUCCGCUCAGGCCAGUUCAUCAUCGAGUACCUGGGAGAGGUCGUCAGCGAGCACGAGUUCAGGUGAGAUACUUUUGUAUAUAUACAUGCAUUCAAAUCUAUGUGGACACCCCUUCAAAUUAGUGGAUUCGGCUAUUUCAGCCACACCCGUUGCUGACAGGUGAAUAAAAUCGAGCACAUAGAUAUAAUAAUAAUAAUAUAAUAAAAAUCAACACAUUUGCUCUUUAUUUAGCCAUCUUACAUAUAAAACCUUAUUUGUUCA